AUGGCUGAUGAAGAUAAGAAAAAUGAUAAAAAUCAAAUAGAAGAAUUGUAUGCAUGGAUCUCUACGAUUCCACUUUCAAAACCAACAAAGAAUUUAUCUAGAGAUCUUUCCGAUGCUGUAAUAAUAGCGGAAAUCCUUAAAAUAUAUUAUCCCCGUUAUGUUGAUCUUCAUAAUUAUGUGCCUGCCAAUAGUAUAACAAUGAAAAAAGAAAAUUGGAAAAUAUUAAAUCGAAAAGUAUUAAGUAAAAUUCAUAUGAAAUUAAAUAAAAAUAUUAUCAAUCAGUUAGCAAAUUGUCAUCCUGGAACCGCCGAAUACGUCUUAUUGGAACUAAAAAAGAAAGUUCUAAAAGAUUUUGAGAAUCUGUCGUUUAAAGAAAAUGAUUUUAUCGAAGAAGCAACGAUAUCGAACAAAUCAUUGCCAAAUGUUGUCGAUCAAUUAACUUUGGAAUGUAUUGAUCGUAAAACAUCAAUAUUUUAUCAAAUAAAGGAAAAAUCCUAUUUUAUCUUGAAAUGGUUUAUAAAUUGGUUAUGCUUUUGGAAUUAUUUUCAAAAUAUUAUGUUUCGAUUAAAGAAUCCUUUUCAAAGUUCGUUGAAAGAAGAUGCCGAGACGCAAAGAACAUCGGAGGAUAUCAACGGGGAGGAUGGUGUUCCUCGUCACGUCUGCGUGCAAUUAAGACAAAAACUUCAAGAGAUUGACGACAUUAUCUACACGUUAAAUCACAAGGUUGCAUAUCUAGAGAGUACGAUGAAGCUGAAAGACAUGAGAAUAUCCAAUUUAACGUCGCAGAUCUUGCUUCACAAUGAAGAAUCCAAAUCACAAUUUACAAGAGUUGAAAUGAACGAUACAUCAUCUAAAAUUCGAAUGCAAAAUAUCGAGGAAAAAGUAAAAAUAGAAAAAUAA